AUGACGAAGUUUGAAAAAAUCCGGGCAGAGCACAACGCGACCAAAGCGAAGUGGCAACGUGCACGGGAUCUUGCCAAGCAACACUUGGAAGAAAGGAAGCAGAUGCAGGAGAUUCGCCGCUCCGGCAAGGAAGCCGCCGUUACUUCGCAAGGCGACGAGGUUCCCGUGGAGAACCUGGGCUCCACAGGGUCGAAGGAGGCCUGCGAGGAAGUGGAGAGUCGGGCUCCGCAACCGAUGGAUAGCCUCACCUUGUCCGAAUUCAAACCGGAGCGUCGCAGAAGCAGCGUGAGCAGCGACUUGAGUCGGGCUCCGCAACCGAUGGAUAGCCUCACCUUGUCCGAAUUCAAACCGGAGCGUCGCAGAAGCAGCAAGUGUUCCCAGUCCACGAGAGACAGCAUCCAGUCGGAGGAACAUCACCGGCUGAUGGAACACAUAGGAGACUCGCGACGCUAUCUGUGGAAAUUCGGCUACUUCCGAGACACGCAGCCGGAGCUGUCCAUCCACGUCACUGAGCACGACGGCAGCCGCUCUUGGCUUUCUUCCUCCGAGGAUCAAACGUAUGACCUUCAGUGCAAGUUGAAAUCCACCUUUUCACGGGGUGAAAGGAUGGCCGAGUGGACGUGCCAAAAAUCGCUGAGCGAGCUGCGAAGCAAGCUCCACGAUCAUGUGAAGAAGGAGCUUGGGACCGACUACAAAACGCAUUUCCAGGACACGCGCUUUGCACAUCAUGGCGGCCUUCCUGGGACAACGAAAAGGUUGGACGCAUGGUUUAAAACCCUUGCCAACGUGGCCAAUGAAGGGCACCUGAAGAAUGAUUUGCUGGCCGUUUUCCUUGACCAAUUGCAGGCUCCCGUGCCACAAGUCGAUCCUCAACUGGAGCAAUUUCGAAAGGAACUCCACGUUGAGCCGGUGCCAGAAGUGCCCAAGGUACAGGAACCUGAAGUUCAGAAGGCUCCAAAGGAGGUGGCACGGCAUAUCGAGGCGGAGCACCUUCUUGUGGCGUUGUGA